AAGAAAACACACCUUAUCAUCUGGUUCGACUUCAGCUGCAUACUCACAUUAAAAUCAACUCAUCCCCAAAUGAGUCUCAUCAUUUUCAUGAAUAAAGUAUCCACAAUUCUCGUGAAUUUUUCUGCAAUCGCCAUAGCAGAUGAGAGUUUUUAGGUAAUCCAACAAAAAACUGUAAAUGACGGUGGAGCUGUUCAUUAAAAGGAGGAGCUCGAUUGAAUUUUUGAAUUUUUAUUUCGAUUGGUACGGGAAGAGUUUCAGAUGAUGAAUCAUAUUGUUCCUGAUUUUGAAGCGGACGAGGAUUACUUAAUUCCGGAGAUGCCUAAGAAAUCAACAAUGGGUGGAGAUGAAGAUAUCAUGGAGCUACUAUGGCAGAAUGGUCAGGUGGUGAUGCAGAGCCAAAACCAGAGAUCCGUGGGGAACAAGAAGCCGGAGAUUAGGACAUCAAUGGCGAAUCGAGAGAUCCGAUCGUCCGUUGUUGAAGAAGAAACAGGACCUUCUGAUUUGUUCAUGCAAGAAGACGAGAUGUCCUCUUGGCUUCAUUACCCUAUGGAUGAGAAUUCCUUAGAAGGCUGUUUAUACAGUGGCUCAGGAGCAAGCGCCAGUGUGGAGCCUUCGUCUCAAAAGCCGCCGCCGACAACUGAUGAUCGGAAGCGGAAAGGCAGAGAUACCGACGACACAGAAUGUCACAGUGAGGAUGUCGAGUUUGAGUAUACCGAUGCAAAGAAGCAAUCGCAUGGGGCAACCUCCACCAAGAGAUCCCGUGCUGCUGAGGUCCAUAAUCUCUCUGAGCGGAGACGUCGAGAUAGGAUUAAUGAAAAGAUGAAGGCCUUGCAAGAACUAAUACCCCGAUGCAAUAAGUCUGACAAAGCUUCAAUGCUGGAUGAAGCAAUCGAGUACUUGAAGUCGCUUCAAAUGCAAGUGCAGAUGAUGUCAAUGGGAUGCAGCAUGGUUCCGAUGAUGUUCCCUGGUGUCCAGCAAUACAUGUCGCCAAUGGCUAUGGGAAUGGGGAUGAACCAUGCCAUGGUUCCAUAUCCCUCCAUUCUUCCAGGCUCAUCACUACCCAAUCCAGCGGCGGCGGUGGCGGCUGCAGCGGCGACUCAGCUAGGUCCACGGUUCCCAGUUCCGGGAUUUAACAUGCCACCACCUGUUACCAUCACGGGUGGUCCUGCAGCAAGUCAAGCAGCCAAUCUGUCGGCUCCGAUGAUGAGCUCCUUUCCUUCACAUAAUCAAAACCAACCACAAGCCCCCAAUUUCUCAGAUCCUUUUCAACAGUACCUUGGUCUCCAUCCAACUCAAAUACCGCUUCCUCAGAAUCAAGGAGGCAUGCCCCCCAUUGCAACUAAGCCAAGCAGCAGUAAAGAUCCUACCAACCAAUCUGGUUGAUUUUGAAGGAGGAAAGAGGCAUUGUUAGCCAACUAAAUUUUGUAGGGUUAAAGAAAUGUUGUGCAAGUAAUUAUACAGAUGAUAAAUUAGGGUUUUCUUUAUAUCAUAAGACUGUAGUUUAGACUUAGAGUGAUGAAUGAAAGGGUCUUUGUAUAGGAAAUGUUUUGCUUUUUAUUUUCUUGUUACAGGAGUUUUUAAGUUCUCCAUGGUCAUUCUAAUUAAUGACCAUACCAAACUAAAUGAUGUCCAUUGCAAUUGUUGGGCCAUUCAUAGUUUGGAGGUUUUUGUAUACUUCUUUUAAGUUAUUAUUGUUCUUGUUUUUAUGUAAUAACUUUGGU